CAGUCCACUCCGCCACCCACCCCCCGUGUUAUUGGCCACACGGCCGGCGGCGCGCGAGAUGGCGGCGACCGUCACCACCGAGCUCAACGGUGUCGCGCCGGCGUUCUUCCUGCUGCUCCUCGCCGCCGCCGUGGCCAGCGCAACGGCGGCGGACGUCGUCGAGCUGACCCUCCUCGCCGGAGCUCAGGAGAAGGGCGCGGUGUGCUUGGAUGGGAGCCCGCCGGGAUACCACCUGCAGAGAGGCUUCGGCUCCGGCGAGCACAGCUGGCUCGUCUAUCUUGAGGGAGGAGCAUGGUGCAACACCAUGGAAAGUUGCUCCAUGCGCAAAAGGGGCGUCUAUGGUUCAUCAAAAUUCAUGAAAGCAGCAGAGUUCAACGGGAUACUCAGCAAUGACCAGCAAGUGAAUUCUGAUUUUUACAACUGGAACAAAGUCGCCAUAAGGUAUUGCGAUGGAGCAUCCUUUUCUGGGGACGCGGAGGCUCAAGAUAAGGAUGGGAGCACACUCCACUUCAGAGGAUUGCGCAUCUGGGAAGCAGUCGUUGAUGAGCUCAUGGAAAAGGGACUUGCAACUGCUAAACAGGCCAUACUUUCAGGAUGUUCUGCUGGUGGCCUGGCUGCACUACUGCAUUGCAAUGAUUUUCAUGCACGAUUUUCUAAGGAGGUUUCAGCUAAAUGCCUUCCUGAUGCUGGAUUUUUCCUUGAUACUGAGGAUCUAUCCGGGGAGAGGCAUAUGUGGUCCGUAUUCAAUGGAACUGUUCAUCUUCAGAAUGUUAGUGAAGUUUUGCCAAAGGACUGUCUUGCAAAGAAGGAUCGGACAGAGUGUUUCUUUCCUGCUGAGCUUGUUAAGAGCAUCACCGCUCCAACUUUUAUUCUGAACUCUGCUUAUGAUUCUUGGCAGGUAAGAAAUGUUGUUGCCCCAGAUGGAUCUUUUCCUGGACAGUCGUGGUCCAGUUGCAAAACUGACAUCCGAAAUUGCAGUUCAGCACAAAUCCAAGUACUCAAUGGGUUCAGGAAUAAAUUUGUCGAUGAUAUAGAGGUUGUCAAUGUCAACAAGGACUGGGGACUGUUCAUCGAUUCAUGCUUCAUCCACUGUCAAACACCAUAUAACAUCUCAUGGAGCUCACAGGCGUCCCCAGUGCUUGGUGGCAAGACUGUCGCAAAGGCUGUUGGGGAUUGGUAUUUCGAGAGAAGCUCUGAAGUGAAAGAGAUCGACUGCGAGUAUCCAUGUAACCCCACGUGUAGCAGCCAGCUGCCUACAUGAUUUUGCAUUGAGCUGGACCGAGACUGCUACCGGCGUUCACUGAAUAUUUAUGCAGGCUUAUCUGAUGAAGCAGCACCUGCAAAUCACAGUUCACCAUGUGUUCUGUGAACGAUUAGCUGUACUUAAUUUGCUGAUAGCCAGACGCUUGUAAUAAGUCGAACCAUGGCCAUCUUCAAUAAAAGGAAACGUGUUAUCAUGAUUA